AUGAAUGGUGGUACAAGGCAGAUGAGCACAGACUCCCCAGUUACUACUUAUCCUACUGAUCAACAAUUCAAUCAUGACCCAGAGGAUAAGGAAGAAAGCAAGGACCCAGAGAACAAUCAGAAACCAGAGGACAACCAGAGAGUCCUAAAAGGAGCACUCAGUAGCAGAUUUCUGGAUAGCAAAGGAGUGAAUUAUGGAAAGCUCCUCUGGUUUUUAAAAGCUGCAGCUUCCAAUGAUCCACCACAAAGCAAAGAAGCUGCAGGCAGCAACCAGAGGAAAUCUCAGGGUUGUCAUCAUCAGAGUACUGCUCCUCCAGAGGCCAGCCCACAGUCAGAAGUGAGCGAGACCCUACUGGAGAUCCUGAUGGCACUAAGGACAAUCCAUGGCAAACUCAACAUAGAGGGCCUCAGUCUGAAUUUCCAGAAGGAAGACUACUCUUUCUCUGGCUCCCUGCCCCCACCCAAGGUCAGGACUAUAUAUGGAAAACAUGGACUAUAUCUAACUUUGAGUCUCCUGGAGACAUUGCUAAAUCAUCAAGCUCUGGGUUACCAUGGUGAAAUAAAAUGGCAUAAUUUUGUUGAAUUGUUGAACAAAGCUUCCUCUGAUUUGCCCACAGAGACCGGAGGAGCUCUGUGCAGUAUAUGUAUUGCCAGUAAGAUGCUUGUGUUAUUUUGGUGGAAAACUCCAGAAGAAGAACCACAACCAAAAAACCUUCCUGCUGAGAUUUCAGCCACCUAAGAUCCCCUGAAUGCUCUGAAGUUCAGGCCAGUCUCACAGCCUUUUUUAAGUCCAACCAUGAAGAACCAGUCUGAAGAAUACAAGACGUGGAUUGACAGGUUCAAGAAGCUGGAAAAUGCCCUCUAGCUGUGUGAUCGGAGUAGUACAGGAGUCCUGGAGAAGGAAUAGGCCAGAUGCCUCAUUCACAACUACAAUCUCAUUUACAACCUGUCCCUGAGCCCUCAGAAAAUUGACCAAGCCUUGAGGUAAUUCCGUGCGGGAGAAAAUCUGCUCUUGGAGCCAGCCCUUCAGUACUUAAAGGAGCUAUGA